AUGGCGUUCACCACGGCGACGGGGUCGUAUGGGGACCAGUGUAUAGAACGCACCUCAAACCGCGUGUUGACCGCCCCCGCGGUCGAGGUCGCGCCAUACUUCAACGGCGCCAUUCCGUGGUGCGCGCGAAUGUGCGCCAUCGCGUCCGCGCUGGCGGCCGCCUGCGCCUGCGCCUGCGCCUGCGCCUGCGCCUGCACCUGCGCCUGA